UCAAAUUAGCUUGAUUACACAUGAAAACACAAAUGUAUAUGGAUUAGAUUAUAUUCAAUUAAUCUUAGAUUUACAGUUCCACAUUCGUACUUAUAUAGAGUAUCAUUAUGCACAGUAUGUAAGUGAAGUCAUAAGGAUGAGAAAA